AUGAGUUCUAAUACUACACACAAUACUAUAUUAAAUAAUAUUCAGUCCGUUAAUUACCAAUUUAAGAGUAUUCCCUUGGUUUACAAAAAAGCACGCUGUACAAAUGAAUAUAAAAUUGUUUUGUACGAUUUGGACGGUAAUCUAGUCAAUCAGGAUCUAUUUGUUUCUUCGUUUGAAAAAUUAACAGGAUUGAUAUAUAAUGGUGCCGAAGAGAUGAAUAAAGAUAAUAGAGCUAAGUAUAGACGUAAAACUGAACUCAAAUUGAACAAAAAUAAAACCAAGGAAGGUUAUGAUCAUGAUCUAUUAUUACGGACUACAACAAUGAAAACUUUAAAAGUUGACAAGCGGUACAUACAAAAACAUUUAAAAGAUAUAGAGGUUAAAAAAAAUAAAGCUAGUGAAGUAUUUUACAAUUUUAUAACCAAAGAUGAAAAUAACAACACGGUAUUAUUGGAAAUAGUAAGUGAUGAUGAAGAUAGAGACGAUGCAGCCAAAAGUGGAAAUACAGAUUUAGAUUUUGAAUAUAACGAUACGAAAUUACCCAAGAGGUUUGAAGGAGAAAUUUCAAUAUCUUAUGAUCAAUCAGACCCUAGAGAUAGAGAGCUAAUGGAUCUUAUAUCGAAAUGA